AUGUCGGACGCCGAUAUGCAGCACCUGGGGAUGAUCAGUAACUCCCUGAGUGGCCUGUCCUCCCCUGAGGCCUUGGACCCCUCGUCAGACACCAGCGGAGAGUCCCAGGCCAUGAGCGACCACGACCUACUCUACUGCUUCAGACGGGACUCCAACAAGGUCCAGAACUACCUGAAGAUCCUCAAGUGCAGGAUCAGAGAGGAGUUAACGGAGGUGAUUCUGAAGCUGCUGGUAGCAUGGAAGGAUCCUCUGUGGCAGUUCCACCAGAACAUGGUUCACCAGGAUGACUUCAACAACUUCAGCUCCAACAAAGCACUGGAGAUGAGCUACAUGGUGCACGAGCUCCGCAAGGGAGUCGAGAAGGUGGCUGAUAAGAUGCAGCACCUGGGGAUGAUCAGUAACUCCCUGAGUGGCCUGUCCUCCCCUGAGGCCUUGGACCCCUCGUCAGACACCAGCGGAGAGUCCCAGGCCAUGAGCGACCACGACCUACUCUACUGCUUCAGACGGGACUCCAACAAGGUCCAGAACUAUCUGAAGAUCCUCAAGUGCAGGAUCGUACCUGAGAACGGAUGCUGAGAUGUGAAGACAAGACAAGAGGCGUGACUUUCACAAGCUACCGUGUCAAUCAAGGAAAUCAAGGACACAUCAUGAAUAGACACGAUGAUAAGACCGGGAGAAGAGACUGGGACUGUGGCACUUUCCUCCUCCUGACAAGUCCAACGAUAACUUCCACCAGCGACAACAUCUUAAUGUCUUCUAUGUACUGUAUUUAUGUCAUGUCACAGAGAAAUAUAGUACAGAUGUACGAUCUUAAUCUGAUCACCCUGUUGCAGGAGAACUUUCCUGCAAUGCAGUCCAUUUAAACAUGUAGUGUAUUUGAGGUUUCAAAAAGGCUUCUAAAGUUCGUCAUUUUCACUUUGAAAUUUCAGACUUGAUUUUCCCUAACGACAAAUGUGUCAAGCCAUACAAAAAAUAUCAUGAAUUAUAAUCCACGUAAUAAUUCACAUUUACUUUGCUGCAGGAUUAUUUUCCUGCUGUAGAAAACUGGCUCAAAUUAAAUCCUACACCUGUAUGUAACUUAUCUUG